CAAGAGGUGACAGAGUUUAUCCUUGUGGGCUUUGAGCAGAGUUCCCCUUCCACUCGGGCACUGCUCUUUGCCCUCUUUCUAACCCUCUACAGCCUUGCCAUGGCCAUGAAUGGCCUCAUCAUCUUCAUCACCUGGACAGACCCCAGGCUCAACAGCCCCAUGUACUUCUUCCUGGGCCACCUGUCUUUCCUGGAUGUCUGCUUCAUCACCACCACCAUCCCACAGAUGUUGAUCCACCUGGUGGUCAAGAACCACACUGUCUCCUUUGUGUCUUGCAUGAUCCAGAUGUACUUGGUUUUUUGUGUAGGUGUGGCUGAGUGCAUCCUGUUGGCUUUUAUGGCCUAUGACCGUUAUGUAGCUAUCUGUCACCCACUUAGCUAUGCCCAGAUCAUGAGCCGGCAGGUCUGUGUUAGAUUAGUGGGUGCAGCUUGGUUCUUUGGUCUGAUCAAUGGCAUCCUGCUUGAGUAUAUGUCAUUCCGGAACCCCUUCUGCAAAGAUAACCACAUAGAAAACUUUUUCUGUGAGGCCCCCAUAGUGAUCGCUCUCUCCUGUGGGGACCCUCAGUUCAGCAUGAAGAUAAUCUUUGCUGAUGCUAUUGUGGUGCUGCUCAGUCCCAUGGUGCUCAUCGUGACUUCUUAUGCUCGCAUCUUGGCCUCCAUCCUUGGCAGAGCCUCCUCCUCAGGUCGGGGGAAGACUUUCUCUACUUGUGCCUCUCACCUGACUGUGGUUGUGUGUUUGUACACCUCGGCCAUGUUCUCUUACAUGAAUCCCCGCAGCACACAUGGACCUGACAAAGACAAGCCUUUCUCCCUCCUCUACACCAUCAUCACCCCCAUGUGUAACCCCAUCAUCUACAGUUUCCGUAACAAGGAAAUGAAGGGAGCCAUGGUGAGGGCCCUUUGGAGAACCAGCCAGGCCCAGGCAGAGUCUGUAUAG